UGAAGCAGUUUUAAUAAUUACAUAGAUAUAAAUGUUUCAAGUGCUUUGAUAACGAACGUUAAUACGUAUUCCACGAAGCGCUCAUCGCAAAACUUAAACAAAACAAAACUCUCGACUGAAACUAAUUAUUUGCAUAUCGGCUACUUGUUCACCCAGGUAGCUUUUUUGUGACAUAAUUGGAUGAUUAUUUAAAGGGAGAAAACAAAAUGAGUGAAGAUAAAAAGGAAGUGAAAAGGUUGUCACCAGACAGGUUAAAGCUGUUUAACAAAACCGACGCAACGGGUGCUGCACCUGUGAGUCCAAGAGUCCAUAUUGCAAAAACCAACCAAGAAAAAGCAACGCCUGUGUCACCAACGAAGCCGGUGAAUAUGCAUUUGUUAAAAGAGACGCCGUUGCCCGAUAACCCGAUUUUCCAUGCUCCAAUGGUGUUAAUAUCCAGUGUCAAUGGUGUAACAACUUGCGACCAAUCAACAUUGUCCAAACUGAGAGAAAUUCAGCAACCGUUGAACAUUGUUUCUAUCGUUGGCACUCUAAGAACUGGAAAAUCAUUCCUCUUGAAUAAACUAGCAACAUACGGUGCAGUGAGUAAAGAAGCAUGCUUUGAGAUCGGACACACCACAGAUGCUGUAACAAAAGGGAUAUGGGUUAUGUGUCGACCUCAUCCUACCCAGGAAAAUCAAGUUCUUGUCUUACUGGAUACAGAGGGGAUAGAUGACCCAGACAAGGUUGAUAUAGAAGACGACAAAAAUCUGUUCAUACUUGCCACGCUUUUGUCUAACACAUUAGUAUACAACACACGAGGAAACUUCGAUAAAACCACCAUUGAUAAAUUUAAGUAUCCUUUCUACUUAAUAUAAUGAUGCUUUUAAAAGAAAUCUAUAAUUGGUGCAUAUAUACGAUUGUGUUUAUAUAUUUUUGCAUAAAUGCACUUUAAUAUCUUUUUUUUUAACUUAGCAUUAUGAUUGAUAGAUUCGAUUA